AUGCCUUUGAUCUCUGUGGAGCGCUUGUCAGAAACAGACAGUUGGAAGUUGUUUAAGAGCUGUGCUUUUGGAAACAGUACCAUUGAAUCGACUCUUCCGCCAGAGGUAUUGGACAUUGGAAAGAAGAUAGCAGGCAAAUGCCACGGACACCCUUUGGCACUCAAGGCUUUCGCUGCCGCCAUGGCUGGACAGACAGAUCCUCGGCAAUGGCGGCUCGCUUUGGGACGGGCCGAAGCCGAUUACAGUUUCUUUGGCAAUGAUAACGAUGCUGAAAAGAGGAUUUCUGAGUUGCUUAGCUCCAGUUAUGAAUUUCUCCCUCCAAUUCUUAGAAUGGCUUUUCUCUACUUCGCAGCGUUUCCUGAAAACCAUGAAGCGAGGACAGCGGACAUAAUUGAUAUCUGGAAUGCAGAGAGGCUCAUCACUGCCGAAACUCCUUCCGAAUUGGACGUCCAAGGUCGACGCUUGUUGAAUAUAAUGAUUGAUCGGUGUGUGGUGGAGGGAGUCGAGGUCUGGCCUCUAGGCAGAGUGAGAAAAUGCAAGAUGCGUCCCAUGUUCCGUCAUUUGGCCCUGCAGAUUCUCGAAAAGGAGGAUGAAGAUGAGGGAAGGACCUUAUUCAGAGCUGGAAAUAAUUUGGCUGAGUUCCCUACAAAGGAAAUCAGCCAACAAAAACACCAACGGAUCUCUCUUAUGUACAAUCGUAUAACUUGUCUCCCAGAAGAAUUUAAAUGCCGCGGACUGCGCACUCUGAUCCUCCGCCACAAUGAAAGCCUUUCUGUCAUUCCGGCCGGCUUUCUCAAACGGUUGACUUGGCUGAGAACGCUCGAUUUGAGAAUGACAGGGAUCGAAUCCCUGCCCUUCACUCUGGGACGCCUGAAAAGUCUAGAGCAUCUCAAUGUCUCGCGGACUAAGCUGAAAUACUUGCCUGAAGCCGUCACUCGCCUACACAGGCUGACGUCGCUCAACCUCUUUAAGUGUAAAGAGCUGGAAUCCGUUCCCCCUGGGAUGAACAAGCUGGAAGAUCUGCGCUACCUGAACUUGAAGCAUUGUGUUAAGCUGAGGUUCCUUCCAUUAGAAAUAACACAAAUCGCUUCUCUCCAGUGCCUGAUUCUAUGA